AUGGGUGGCGAUUGUUGCGGAGGCAAGCCCACGCCCGCCGUGGCUGACCAGUUGGCAGACCUGAGCCUGGACAAUCUCCCCAAGUCCAAUGGCUCUGCUGCAUCCGAGAGGCCAUGGGCAGAGAUCGCCAAGGAGAAGGCGGUUUACUUCAAUAAGCGCGUGGAGCUAUUUGAGAAAUAUCGAGAGCGGGAGGUCGCAGCGGUCGAGGCUGCCCGCGCAGCCGCUGUCCCGGUGCAGAUCACGUUGCCCGAUGGGCACGUGCGUGAUGGCGUAAAGGACGUGACCACCCCCCUGGACAUCGCCGCGGCCCUCUCCAAGAGCCUGGCGAAGAAGGCGGUGGUGGCGGAGGUCGACGGCAAGCCCUGGGACCUCUUCCGCCCCCUGGAGCAGGACUGCAACCUGGCCAUCCACACAUUCGACAGCCCCAAGGGCAAGGAUGCCUUCUGGCACUCCAGUGCCCACAUCCUGGGCCAGUCCCUGGAGCUGGAGUUUGGUGCGGAGCUGACCAUCGGCCCCGCCCUGGAGGAGGGAUUCUACUACGACUGCUACCUGGGGGACCGCACUCUCUGCGAGCCCGACCGCGACACCAUCCAGAAGCGCAUGCAGCAGGCAGGGGCCAUCAUUGUGAAGGCCAAGCAGGCGUUUGAGCGCGUCACAGUGUCGCGCGCGGAGGCGCUGGAGAUGUUCCAGGAGAACAAGUUCAAGGUGGAGCUGAUCCAGGGCCUGCCCGAGGACGCCAGCAUCACCUGCUACCGCUGCGGGCCCAUGGUGGACCUAUGCCGUGGUCCGCACGUGCCCAACACCGGCGCGCUGCGGGCGGUGGCGGUGACCAACGCCUCGCGCGCCUUCUGGCGCGCCGACGUCACGCGCGAGCCUCUGCAGCGCGUCUACGCCAUCGCCUUCCCGGAGGACAAAGAGCUCAAGGAGUAUCAGCACCGGAUAGAGGAGGCCAAGAAGCGCGACCACCGUCUGCUGGGCGCGCAACAGGAGCUCUUCUUCUUCCACCAGCUGUCCCCCGGGUCCUGCUUCUUCCUCCCUGCCGGCACCCGCAUCUACAACGCCCUCGUGGAGUUUAUCCGCCAAAAGUACUGGAAGUACGGGUUCGAGGAGGUGGUCACCCCCAACAUCUACAAUAUGGACCUGUGGAAGACUUCGGGCCACGCCGCGCACUACAAGGAGAACAUGUUCUGCUUCGACAUUGAGAAGGGCGAAUUCGGGCUGAAGCCCAUGAACUGCCCCGGCCACUGCCUGGCCUUCGGCCACCGCACGCGCUCCUACCGCGAGCUCCCCCUGCGCCUCGCCGACUUCGGCGUGCUGCACCGCAACGAGUUCUCCGGCGCGCUGCAGGGCCUGACGCGGGUGCGCCGCUUCCAGCAGGAUGACGCGCACAUCUUCUGCCGCCCCGACCAGGUGGCGGCCGAGAUCGAGCGCGCCCUGGCCUUCCUGGCCGACGUCUACGGCCAGCUGGGCCUCAGCUUCUCCCUGGUGCUCAGCACCCGGCCCGAGGGCUUCCUGGGCACGCCGGGGCAGUGGGACGCGGCAGAGGGCGCGCUGCGCAACGCGCUGGACGCCUCGGGCCACGCCUGGGAGCUGAACGAGGGCGACGGCGCCUUCUACGGCCCCAAGAUCGACAUCACCGUACACGACGCGCUGCGGCGCAAGUUCCAGUGCGCCACCGUGCAGCUCGACUUCCAGCUGCCCCUCCGCUUCGGCCUGCAGUACGUGGCCGAGGACGGCGGCUUCCAGGUCCCCGUCAUCAUCCACCGCGCCGUGCUGGGCUCCGUGGAGCGCAUGUUUGCCAUCCUGACCGAGAACUUUGCGGGGCGGUGGCCGCUCUGGCUCUCACCCCGCCAGGUCAUGGUCGUGCCCAUCUCUGACUCGUCGUACGACUAUGCGCUGGAGGUGCGGGACGCUGUGCGUGGCGCGGGCUUCCACGUGGAGGUGGACCUGGCCGACCGCAAGAUGCAGAAGAAGGUGCGCGAGGCGCAGGUGGCCCAGUUCAACUACAUCCUGGUGGUGGGCGCCGCGGAGCGCGAGCAGCGCACCGUCAACGUGCGCACGCGCGACAACCAGGUGCACGGUCAGCGCCAGCUGGACGACGUUCUGCGCGUGAUCGGGGAGGAGCGGGAGGCGCGCUCCCUGACCUCCCUGUUCGGCGAGGGACCGGGCCAGGCGCAGGCCUGA